AUGUCUCCAGGGGUUCGCACGCUCACCGUCCUCGGAAAGUUCAAACCUUUCGGUCUGAUUGCUGAAGCUACCGACUCGAAUCCUAACGUGGCCGAGUCAUACCAGUAUUUUCUGUUCGAUCCUGAUCUCACCGGCCAGCGAGACGAUGAUGACGGCAAUGAAGCUAACUUCUCGCGGCAGAGAGAGCAUGAGCUCUUCAUCCGAGACAAUCGCAUAAUCUGGACAAGCGGUUCACGAGUGCUCAAGCGGUUUACCUUGUCUUCUCCCAUCAUCAAGGCAUGCUGGAGUCACCUGGGUCGAGGAGCAGAAGCUUUUCUUUGUGUCUUACAAAUUGGUUGUUUAACUAUAUACAACACGUCAGGGGAAGUUGUAUCUGUUCCACUUCCACGUACUGUCAUGUCAAUAUGGCCUCUACUGUUUGGUGUACUUCUCCAGCAAGGUGCUGAAGUGAAUCCAUCCUCGAGUAUUCCAUUUUCUUCUGCUAGCCCCACUCUUGGUUCUCGUGAGAUGCUGCGCAAAAGAGACAUGCCUUCCCAUCUGAUUCUCAGAGACCCAUUAGAAGAACCUGAGCCAAUCUAUCUAGAAGAGAGGGGAAAGUUGAACAUAAUGAGGGACUAUGAUGAGAGAACAAUUUGGUCGAGUGACCGUUUUCCUCUGAUGACCUCGUAUAACAAAGGGAAGAUGCAACAUUCUGUGUGGGCAGUAGAAUGCGUUGUUCCUGAUACUGUUUUCCCGAAACGAGUAUCUUUUCGCAGAAUAUGGCAAGCUAAAGGCGCUAAGAAAGCUGCAUCUAAGGUCUUUUUGGCAACUGAUGAUGCAGUCCCAGUAAUUUGCUUUCUGAUUCUAGAACAAAAGAAGCUGUUAUCAGUGGGACUCCAAACUGUUGAGAUCAAUAAUGAAAUUCUGUUUGACGUUAAGCCUGACAUAAGCUGGAGUAUAUCUGCAAUUGCUGCUGCACCUGUUGUUGUGACACGUUCUCAAGUGAAAAUAGGGCUGCUUCCACAUUUGGAUAUCAUUGUUUUAUCUCCGGAAAAUGACCUCUUUCUUUAUGCAGGAAACCAAUGCCUCUGUAGGUAUGUAUUGCCUUCUUGGUUGGGGGAAAGUCUUGUUUCUGGCGAGUCUGCAAAAAUAGAUCCAGGUUCCCGGGAUCUGAAGAUCACAGGAUUGUCUGAUGCUGUCUUAGGAUGUAUCAAUCUGUCAGUAAAUCAUUCACAGAUUUUUCGGUGUGCCUUAACUAGUAACCCUUCAUCUUCACUUGCAAACGAUUGUAUAGCAGCCAUAGCUGAGGGAUUGCGAUCCGAUUUGUACAAGUUGUUUCUCUCUCUUCUUUGGGGAGAUGGUUAUUCUGACCAGAAGGGUUCCAGUAUUCAUUUUGAAUGGGAAGCGUUGUGCAACAUUUUUCUGGGGAUCUGUCAAAAACCUACUGGUGUGCAUCUGAAGCAACUCAAAACAUCAUCAGAGUCCUCCUGGGAGUUUCUUCUCAGCAGCAAGUUCCAUAAGACCUACUCUAGGUUUCAUAGUCGCAUCACUUCAAUCAAUCCCUCGGAUCUGGAAGAAACUGCCCCAUUUUGUACUAAGACUGGUAGGGGAGAAAGACCAGACAACUCAUUUGAAUUAAUGGUCCAGAGUUUAGAUUGUCUUCAUGCAGUAUAUGAGAGUUUGAAGAUGGAUAAUCUACGAAAACAGGAUCUGCAUCACCUAGCUGUUUUGUUGUGCAAUAUUGCCAAGUUUCUGGGUGAGAAGUGUUACAUAAAUCACUACACACGUGAUUUUCCUCGUCUUUCCAAAAUUACUGGGGCAUGCACGACCCUUUCUUCGAGCAGAAAACCUCCAAAUAUAUUCAGAUGGCUUGAGAACUGUUUAAGACGUGGAUGUUUAUCCACAAACCUUGAUGACCUCCCAGAUUUGAUCCGUAAAGAUGGGUGUUCCAUUGUGAGCUGGGCAAGGAAAAUUGUUUCCUUCUACAGUGUGUUAUUUGGUGAUAAGCCAGUAGGAAAGAAACUUUCGUCAGGGGUCCCCUGUAAUAUUGCCCCCGGAUCAUAUUCCAGUAACGAGGAACUUACUAUCUUAGCUAUGGCUGGAGAGAGAUUUGGGCUUCAUCAACUGGAUUUGCUACCUUCCGGUGUAUCUCUCCCUUUGAGACAUGCACUGGAUAGCUGUCGAGAAUCUCCUCCAGCUGACUGGCCAGCAAUUGCUUAUGUGCUUCUUGGUCGAGAAGAUAUGGCCCAAUCCGUCUUCAGAAAUUUGACCUCGUCUAAGGAAUUUGAGAUGCAGUCAAAUACGAGUUUAAUAUCCAUGUCCAUACCUUACAUGCUGCAUUUGCAUCCAGUAAUUGUUCCAUCCUCUUUAUCUGAGUCAAUUGGCUUGGAAAACGCUAAGAUUGAGGAUACAAAUUCUGUGGAUGGUUCUGUGAUAGAUGGAAUGGAGCAUAUCUUCAACUCCUAUACGCAGUUGCGGUAUGGCCGUGAUCUACGACUGAAUGAGGUUCGACGCCUUUUGUGCUCUGCACGACCUGUGGUAAUUCAAACGUCUGCUAACCCUACUAUAUCCGAUCAAGAGCAGCAACAGGACCAGCUUUGGCGUAUAGCACAGAGGACUGCUGUGCUUCCCCUCGGACGUGGAGCAUUCACAUUAUCAACAAUCCACACGCUUUUGACUGAGGCGUUUACUGUACCAAAGCUUGUUUUGGCUGGUCGGCUGCCUGCCCAACAAAAUGCCGUGGUUAAUCUAGAUCCAAACAUCAGGAAUAUCCAAGAACUUAAGACAUGGCCAGAGUUUCAUAAUGCUGUUGCUGCUGGGUUACGACUGGCACCGCUUCAGGGAAAGGUGUCCAGAACGUGGAUUAAAUACAAUAAACCUGGAGAGCCAAAUGCUGUUCACGCUGGACUUCUGUUUGGGCUGGGUCUACAGGGAUAUUUACAUGUGUUAAACCUUAGUGACAUAUACCAAUAUUUCACUCAGGACCAUGAGAGCACCACGGUAGGUUUGAUGCUUGGUCUGGCAGCUUCGUACAGGAGAACAAUGCAACCUGAGAUUGCAAAGGCUCUCUUUUUCCAUGUUCCUGCUCGAUACCAAGCUUCAUAUGCUGAGUUUGAGAUACCAACACUUCUACAGUCUGCAGCUUUAGUCUCCGUCGGCAUUCUAUUUGAAGGAUCGGCACACCUGCAGACAAUGCAAUUACUUCUGGGUGAAAUUGGCCGCAGAAGUGCAGGAGACAAUGUCCUUGAAAGGGAGGGUUAUGCUGUAUCUGCAGGAUUCUCACUUGGUCUUGUUGCUCUUGGCCGUGGAGAUGAUGCGCUCGGUUCUUUGGACUCCUUUGUCAAUCGCUUACUCCAGUAUAUGGGAGCAAAAGAGGAAAGAUCUCUCCUUGCACCAUCAAAUGAAGAUCUACGAAGUGCUACACAGGUAACAGACGGAAGCACUGCAAAUGUUAAUAUAACUGCACCUGGAGCGAUAAUCGCUCUCGCAUUAAUGUAUCUUAAGACAGACUCAGAGGUCAUCUUCUCAAAGCUCUCUAUUCCACAAACACAUUACGAAUUGGAGUGCGUAAGGCCUGAUUUCAUAAUGCUUCGUGUCAUUGCUCGGAACUUGAUAAUGUGGAGCAGGAUCCGUCCUACAAGUGAUUGGAUCCAGUCUCAAGUUCCCGAAUUUGUCAAAAAUGGUGUCAGCCGCCUCCAAGAUGACAUGGAUGAUAUGCAUGAAGUGGACGUUGAAGCCCUAGUGCAGGCAUAUGUCAAUAUAGUGGCGGGGGCAUGCAUUUCACUUGGGCUGAGAUUUGCUGGUACAAGGGAUGGAAAUGCUCGCGACUUACUUAACAACUAUGCUCUCUAUCUUUUGAAUGAGAUCAAGCCUGUGUCUGCGCCACCUGCAAAUGGAUUUCCCAAGGGAAUAGCUAAACAUGUUGAUCGGGGAACGCUUGAAAUGUGUCUUUAUCUUAUCGUUCUUUCCCUUUCAGUGGUCAUGGCGGGAUCUGGAGACUUGCAAAUAUUUCGGUUGUUGAGAUUUCUCCGCAGCCGAAACUCUGCUGAUGGACAUGCUAACUAUGGCACUCAAAUGGCGGUGAGCUUAGCCACGGGUUUCUUAUUUCUCGGAGGUGGUAUGCGAACAUUUUCAACGAAUAACGGCUCACUUGCAAUGUUGCUUAUCACGCUCUAUCCGCGGUUGCCUUCUGGACCAAAUGACAAUCGUUGUCACCUCCAGGCAUUCAGGCAUUUAUAUGUACUUGCAACAGAGGCUCGUUGGCUGCAGACUAUUGAUGUUGAUUCCGGUUUGCCUGUAUAUGCCCCUGUAGAAGUCACAGUAAAGGAAACAGAGCUAUAUUCUGAAACAAGAUAUUGCGAGGUUACACCGUGCAUUCUUCCAGAGCGUGCUAUUCUAAAGAGAAUUUGUGUAUGUGGUCCCCGAUACUGGCCCCAACAAGUUGAGCUUGUCCCAGAAGAGAAACAUUGGUGGAGCUUUGGGGACAAGAGUGAUCCCUUCAACUCUGGUGUUAUAUAUGUCAAAAGGAAAGUAGGAGCUUGUUCGUAUGUUGAUGAUCCAGUUGGGUGUCAGUCACUGCUUUCACGAGCAAUGCACAAGGUUUUUGGUUUACGAACUCUGGACGAAUCUAAUUCGCUUGCUAAUAGUCAUAGAGAACUGGAUUCUGAUAGCGUUGAUCACUUGGUCAGCACUUUCUCGUCUGAUCCAAGCCUAAUAGCCUUUGCACAGUUGUGCUGUGACAAAUCAUGGAACGACAGAUCUGAUUCUGAUUUCAAGGAGUUCUGUCUGCAAGUGUUGUUUGACUGUAUAAGCAAGGAUAGACCAGCUCUCUUGCAGGUUUAUUUAUCUUUGUAUACAACCAUUGGUUCAAUGGCUGAUCUACUUUUCAAAAGCAAUAGUAACGUGUGUGAUUCACUUUCCAUCUCAAGCCUCAAGGUUGCUCUUGCCUACAACGAGGCUGUAUCAAGUGGAAGAUUGGCCUCCUCUUCAGGUGGCUUUGUUCAAUCAAUCUUCUUAACAUCACUAGGGAAACGGUGUGAAGAGAUUUUGAAUAGCUCAACCGAGCUGAAGACUAAUUUGAGAAAUUAUUUGACCUCAGAGACAUGGCCUGAUGAUCAGAAAGACUUAAUCCUUCUCUCAUGGUACUUGAAAUGGUUCAGCGUACCGUCUCCAUCGAUCAUCAAAGCAGCAGUGGAGAAGAUCAAGUCCAAGUGCAAGAUCUCAGCUUCGGCAGUACCUUUGUUACGAUUAGUGUUACCUAGUACGCAUAUUAGUGCGAUUAGAGAAAUUGAUAGGGUCUUUUUUUCCAUUGAUUGAAACAAGUGCAUUGUGAAAACAUGAUUAUGGUUCUCUUUUUUCUUCUAAUUUUUAGUUAUUGGCUGCUAAUUAGCUGAUAAUCUUUGAGUGAAACAAUGGUGACAGCCUCCAAGUAUCUAUUUAACUCUGCUGCUGCUGCAUCAAUUAAUUAUUCUUUUGUUUUU